AGCAGUGAGUUUUCAUGGAGAAAUGGAAUCACACUUCAAGUGAUUUCAUUUUGUUGGGAUUAUUUCCCCCAAAUCAAACUGGCCUUCUUCUCUUAUUUCUUAUCAUCCUUGUAUUCUUCCUCGCCUCAGUGGGCAACUCAACCAUGAUUCACCUCAUUCGCAUAGACCCCCGUCUACACACACCGAUGUACUUUCUGCUCAGCCAGCUCUCCCUCAUGGACCUGAUGUACAUCUCCACCACUGUCCCCAAGAUGGCAUUUGACUUCCUCUCUGGCCAGAAAGGUAUCUCUUUCCUGGGAUGUGGCAUUCAAAGUUUCUUCUUCCUGACCAUGGCAUGUUCUGAAGGCUUACUCCUGGCCUCCAUGGCCUACGACCGUUAUGUGGCCAUCUGCCAUCCUCUCCAUUAUUCCAUCCGCAUGAGUAAAAGUAUGUGUGUGAAGAUGAUCAUAGGAUCUUGGACACUGGGGUCCGUGAACUCCUUGGCACACACAGUCUAUGCUCUUCAUAUUCCCUACUGUAGGUCUAGGGCUAUUGAUCACUUCUUCUGUGAUGUACCAGCCAUGUUGCCUCUUGCCUGUAUGGACACUUGGGUCUAUGAGUACAUGGUUUUUGUGAGCACAACCCUCUUUCUCCUUCUUCCUUUCCUUGGUAUCACUGCUUCCUAUGGUCGGGUCCUAUUUGCCGUCUACCAUAUGCGCUCAAAGGAGGGAAGAAACAAAGCCUUUGCCACCUGUUCAACACAUUUAACUGUAGUGACCUUUUACUAUGCACCUUUUGUCUACACCUAUCUUCGGCCCAGAAAUCUCCGCUCCCCAGCAGAAGAUAAAAUCCUGGCAGUCUUCUACACCAUCCUUACUCCCAUGCUCAAUCCCAUUAUCUACAGCCUGAGAAAUAAGGAAGUCCUGGGAGCCAUGACAAGAGUGUGUGGGACAUUCUCUUCCCUGAAAGAAUAAUUAU